AUGAUCUUGUUCAAGUUGCACCCCACGGGGGGCGGCGUCGUGACCAGCCAAGACGUGAUUAACUACAUCGACCUGGCCCCCCAAGAUGACAUAUUCACGCUCCGUGGGCGACUGAUGCUCACCGAAUCCGAUCGUAGGCGAGCGCAGGAGGAGCACAUGACUGGUGUGUCAUUGAACAUCGACAACAACAGAGAUCAUUGA